AGUUGUUUCCCCUUCUCAGGCUCUCUGCGUGGCUGUACAACUAUCCAUGACUCCUUCACUUGGCUCACUUUAUUUUACCCUGUUUCUACACCCCUUGCUGGUGUGCUUUGGCUUGGCUCAGCCAUCCAGCCGGACUGGAACGACGAGGGAUCCCGAGUCCACGAACUGUGGGUCCCCAGUCAAGCCAGAUCCCUUGGGGAUGGUGAUCCAUUGGUUGCAGUGACGUGUUGUCACGUGUAUAAAUCCUGUUUGUCCUGUGGCUUUGUCUUGAGUCCUCGCCAUCAUGAACAGGAAGUCAAACAUAGGAUAUCUCUCACUGUAGAUGAAGAUCAGUUUCAGGAUUUUUCAGUGCUUACGCACUUCCUCAACUGACUCUCCUCUGAGAUUGCCCAUGAGAAGGAAUAGUUGGAAAAGUCAAUUUUUUGGACAGAUUCUCUUUGACCUCAUUCCUCAAAUACAAUUCCAAACCACCAGAGGAUUAGGACUGCUCACCAUGAAGUUGAUCCACCUGAAACAUGCCAUCACAUUUCUAUUCCUAUUCCUGACUAUGUGUGUCUUCAUCUUCAUAAUGAGAAUGACUAAGAAUAUUCCGAAGGUUGAGGAUGAAGUUGACCCCAUCACUGCCACUCUACAAGUUUCCACUCAUCACCAGAGGAAUCACAGCUUCUGUUCCUUCCGACAUCUUUCUCCUGAAGAGGCAGUUGAGGAAAACCUCAUAUUAAACUCUAUUGCUUGGCCCGAAACUCCGCCUCUGCUGCCUCCUCGUUCAAUAAAUGACACCAGCGAUCCGGCCCACAGCAGCUUCAUCAUUCUCCCAAAGGAGGGAGGAGGACAGAGGAUCGUUGGGGAUCAGCUGCAUGUCAGGAUCACAAUGUUCGACUACCACGGUCGCCCUAAGAAAUAUGGAGGUGAUGUCUUACUUGUUCGACUGCACAGCCCUGCUCUUGAUGCAGGUGUUGCAGGUCAAGUGUUGGACCAUCUCAACGGCACCUACUCUGUUGUUUUCCCUUUACUCUGGGAAGGAUCUGCCCAGGUGGAGGUGACUCUGAUUCACCCCAGUGAGGCAGUCGCCGUGCUCCACAGGCUGAUCUAUGACCAGCCUGAUCAGAUUGCUUACAACGCCCUGUUCAGGUCAGGUUCAGUCAAAGAAACCACCAUCUGCAACAUCUGCAUGCGUCCGACCCAGCAUCCCCUCUGUGACUACACUGACGUCCGUACAGGAGAACCGUGGUUCUGCUACAAGCCAAAAACGCUGAGCUGUGAUCACAGGAUCACUCACACAGCAGGACCAAUCACAGGGAAAGGCCUUCGAAAAAACAUUUUGUUUCAAAGAGGCAUGAACCUAAAAGUCUUCAUUGGAGCGUCAGGACCUGCUCAAGUCACUGUGCUAUCAAAAAAGGAAGAUCAACCAGAGGCGAGAAGCAGAAGUGUGUCUGAAGCAGCAGGUUAUUACUACAAAGGUGUUUGGCAAUCACUGCGUGACACUCCAGUUCACCAGUUCAACACAAAAUCAGCCAUCACUCAGUGUCUGAGACACAAGGAGAUCCACAUGUAUGGAGACUCCACGGUCAGGCAGUGGUUUGAAUACCUCCUCAAAGUACAACCAGAUCUCCACCAGUUUGACCUGCACAACCUGGCGCAGUCCGGCCCAUUGUUGGCUCUGGACUAUAAGAAUAACAUCAAGGUGACUUUCCGCAGCCAUGGUCCUCCAAUCCGUUUCACUGUCUCAAGCAGUGAGAUGCGUUACAUUGCCAAUGAACUGGACGGAGUCGCUGGAGGAGCCAACACUGUCAUCAUUUUUGGCAUCUGGGCACAUUAUGGCACUUUCCCCGUUGAGAUCUACUUCCGGCGACUGAUGAGCAUUCGGAAGGCAGUGUUGCGCCUGUUGACCAGGGCUCCAGACACUCUGAUCAUCAUCAGAACUCCAAACCCCAAGAGCUUAGCACGAUUUGAGGAGUUUUCUGCCAGUGACUGGUAUUCCAUUCAACAAGACAAGGUUCUUCGUGCCAUAUUCAAAGGAAUAAACGUUCAUCUGGUGGAUGCCUGGGAAAUGACUCUGGCCCACUGGCUGCCUCACAACACCCACCCUGAACCUCCCAUUGUUAAGAAUAUGAUGAAUGUUAUAUUGUCCUACAUUUGUUCAGGAAAUAGCAAUUAGUGUCUGGUGAGCAGAGACGGAAGGCUGUGAAGUGUAUUUACUUCUGUGUUGCUGUAACUGAGUAAAAUUUGGAGUCUUUUGUAAUUUUCAAGUCCUCGUUGAAAAACGUAAUGUUACAUUAUGUUUUUCGAACAGCACUUGAAAAUUACAAAUGACUCAAAAAUGCACUGAAGGACAUUUUGACAAGUAUAUUUUUGACUUACAUUGGAAAUCCCUCAAGCUACUGAGUGAAAAAUAUGGAGUAGGCCAGUGUGUUGUGCAGGGCAUUUUAUUUCAGUUCUUGUGUCAGCAUUCUGUUUCUUCAUUCUUUUAAAAAAAAAAAAAAAAAUCAAUAUUUUAUGUUUCUCUAAAAAGGAAAAAGAGUACAGUUUGUCAUUAAGGAAUUGUUCAAGAUUUUCUGUGUUGUGGAUAUUUGGCUUUUGUUUUAUUUUACUGUUUUUCUUUCCAUUCAGUUUCAUGAUUGAGGUGAAGAAAAUCAGACAGACUGUCAAAUUCACAUUCUGUGCCACUUAUUGUGCUUGAAAAUAUUCUAUGUCUGAAAAAGUUUAUACCUCCUGAAAGGUUGUAAACAUUAUGCAGUUCAUUUGUCAACAAACUGGUUGUUUUGAAACCAUUGUGAGUGUCGUGGACACCUUGAGUUUGGCUUCCGUGCCAUUUAGAAGUCUGCUUUAGUGGCUUUCAUUUGCUGUAUAGCUGCAGUUUUUAUGGGUGAAGAAAAAAAAAAAAAACAUGGACCAUAGAAUUCAGAAUUCGUGUCACUUAUUGUGCAUGAAAAUGUUUUAUGGGGUGGUCUGAAGAAUUCAUACACAUAAUCCUUCCUGUAAUAUUCCUCAUUGAAUGUUGAUUAAAAGCAGUAGUGUUGUGACUGCA